ACACAACGUGAUCGUCUUUAACCGACAUCGGACGGACGCGCUCGGAGUUUUGAACGUUUCUCUCUGUUCUCUCAGUGUGAACCGAAGACAACAAGAAAUAUACAAUGACCGGUCGCGGUAAAGGUGGAAAAGGUCUGGGGAAAGGUGGCGCGAAGAGACACAGGAAAGUGCUCCGUGAUAACAUCCAAGGUAUCACGAAACCGGCCAUCCGUCGUCUCGCACGCAGAGGUGGUGUGAAACGUAUAUCCGGUCUGAUAUACGAGGAGACUCGCGGUGUGCUCAAAGUGUUCCUCGAGAACGUCAUCCGCGACGCCGUCACUUACACCGAGCACGCGAAGAGGAAGACCGUGACCGCCAUGGACGUCGUGUACGCUCUGAAACGUCAGGGUCGUACUCUCUACGGUUUCGGCGGUUAAAAUACUUUAAAAAAAAACAACAACAACAAAAACAAAAAAGGCCCUUUUCAGGGCCGCA